UCAAUCCACGCGCUGGCUAGCUGCAGUGCCGCUGCUUGUGAGUGAAUUGCGAGCGGUACAGUAGUAGAGACUUUUUACCAGAGCUGCUGCAACACAAGAACAAGAUGCGGGAGAUCCAGAACCUGCAGCUCCUUGCCAUGCUCGGUCUCUGGAUGCUGCAGCUGGGAGCUGUUUCCCCUGCAAAGAUCCACGGGAACCCGGCGAACGACCUGGUGGCGCUGGUGAACGCCAACCGGACGGCGAGCAAGCUGCCUCGGCUGCGCACCAGCGCGGGGCUUGGGUGCAUGGCGCUCCAGUACAUAUCUGAGUGCAUUGGGGGCGACGCGUGCGCCGGUGACAACACGGUGGCGUGCCGGCCCCCCGAGGCCCACAUCACCGAGGUGUACGCCGCCAACUGCGGCGUGGAGCUCCCCACGGUGGACGUCAUCACCGGUCGCCUCGUCGGCUGCCACCGCCAGCGCUCCGACGCGGAGAGCGCGCUGGAGGCCGUGCUCUCCUCAGGCAAUGGCAAUGGCAACAGCACCACCGCAACCGCCCUGGCGGUGAUCCGCGGCAAGGAGCACACCCAGGUGGGCGCCGGGUUCGACCGUGCGCACCGGCACGGGCCCUUCUUCUGGUGCCUCCUCUUCAGCAGCGGCAGCGCCAACUCCACCUUCCUGCUCGAGGCCGCCGGCAAGGGCGUCCACCAGACGCAAGGCUGCUUCAGCGCCCCUGGCAACCUCUCCUGCGACGCCGCCAACGCCAACGCCGUCGUGCAUUUGCUCCUCCUCCUCCUCCUAGCACUAGCUAGUAUAGUGCUCUAGUGUGUGAGAGACAGAGUGGGUAGUUCUUGUUCUUCAGCAACUCAAAGAAUUGCCUACUUCGGCACUCGGCUGACCAAGAUUAUAGGGAAAUGUGCUCAUGUUUUUUUUUCAUUUGAGAUAAUACUUUCAGCUGCUCAACAUUAAACCAGAAAUUUCAUUCCCUGAU